GUUGCUCCUCUUUGUCACCGUCCAGGCUUCUUUCCUUUCUUCCAUUGUCGUUGUCGACCCGCUCAUUCGUAAGAACUCGCCAUCUCUCGCCGCGCAAUAUAGCAACGCGCUCGGACCGCCGUCACCGUAUCCGUUAGCUACCGCAAACGCGCGCUACGUGCCCUCCCAGCUCGACGACACGUCGCUGUCAUUCACUGAGCUGUACCUAUCAUCUACUCGAGGAACACAUCCUCCAACAGCCGCUCCCUAGUCCUCAACAGGUGAUCCCACCUAUUCUACAACCGCCGCCAUGCAGAGCCACAACGAGCACGACAUCGUCGCGGAGAAGGCUCCCUCCGAUGACUUCAAGGACCUUCAGCAGCAGCCAAGCGUUGGCGCUCUCUCCAAGCAGCAAGACGGCGUCGAUGGUCACGGCGAAGGAGAGCUUCACCGUGCCCUGUCUAGCCGACAGAUCACCAUGAUUGCCAUCGGCGGCGCCGUCGGCACGGGUCUCAUUAUCAGUAGCGGUUCAGCCCUUCAUCAGGCCGGACCUGGAGGACUCCUCAUUGCUUAUAUCGUCUUGGGGGUCGUCUGCUAUGGUGUCCUGACCGCUCUGGGCGAGAUGACCGCCUACAUGCCUUUGAAGCGCGGAUUCGCUGGGCACGCUUCCCAGUUCGUAGACAACUCCUUUGGGUUUGCCGUUGGUUUCAACUACUUAUUUAAGUACCUCGUCCUGCCGCCCAGUCAGCUCAAUGCGACGGCCGUCCUCAUCACCUUCUGGCGCCCAGACCUCAGCGGAGCGAUUUGGAUCUCCAUCUUCGGCGCAGCCAUCAUCUCGCUCAACGUCUUUGGCGGCGUUCGCGUCUUCGGUAUAGCAGAAUAUUGGAUGAGCUUCGCGAAGAUCCUCGUUCUCGUUGGCCUCAUCAUCCUGUGUAUCUGCAUCAGCGCCGGCGCCGGGCCCAACAACAGCUACCGUGGCUUCUCCGCCUGGGGUAACGGGCAGGCCUUCAACGAAUACCUUAAGACUGGAGCAACUGGCCGCUUCAUCGGGACAUGGUCUGCGUUCACCAUCGCUCUCUUCGCGUACAUCGGAUCUGAGCUCAUUGGUGUCACGGCUGGCGAGGCCAAGAACCCGCGCAAGGCCAUGCCGCGCGCCAUCAAGAGCCUGCUCUACCGCAUCCUCUUCUUCUACGUCCUCCUGAUCUUCCUCGUCGGACUCAUCGUCUCCGCCGAUGACCCGCUGCUCAUUGGAGCUUCUAAGGGAAAGAGCACAGCCGCCGCCUCGCCAUUCGUCGUGGCCAUCAAGUCUGCAGGAAUCCCUGUUCUGCCAGGUUUCCUCAACGCUUGCUUCCUGAUCUUCACGUUCUCUGCGGCCAACUCCGACUUGUACAUCGCGUCACGUACGCUCUACGGCCUCUCGCGCGCCGGCCAAGCCCCUCGCAUCUUCACCAAGUGCGACAAGCACGGAACUCCUUACGUUGCUAUUCUCGCAUGCUCUCUGUUCAUCGCCCUCGCGUACAUUAACGUCGGUUCUGGUGGACCCAAGGCCUUCACCUAUCUGACGUCGUCCGUGACGAUCUUCGGAGGCCUUGCUUGGGUGGGCAUCCUCGUCUCUCACCUCAGGAUGAUGGCAGGCAUGAAGGCGCAAGGCAUCGACCGCAAGACCCUCCCUUACGCGUCGCCCUUCCAGCCCUACUUCGGCUACUUCUGCCUCUUCGUCAUCUCCCUCGUCAUCUUCUUCAAGGGCUUCACGGCCUUUAUCGGUACCUUCGACUACAAGAGUUUCAUCACUAACUACAUCGGCUUGCCCUUGUUUGCGAUUUUGUUCUUGGGAUGGAAGAUUGUCAAGAAGACUCGCUUCGUGUCUGCCACGGACAUGGACCUGUCCACGGGCGCCCGCGAGAUCAGCGACGUCCAGGAGGAAGAGGAUGAGGUGCUCGACGACGAGGAGAAGCUCUCCAAGAAGCAGCGCAUCAUGAACUUGGUCAAGGUUAUGUAGGCGGGGGUGUGAGGAGAUGCGACGGAUGCAGCGAGAAUGCUAGGUUUCUUCCGCUGCAGUGCUUGUAAUGAUGCUUUGACUUGCUCACAGAAAAUGCCAAGCCAUGUAGACACCUGACGAGUAGC